AUGGCUAAAAAAGAUAAGAAAAAGGUUGCAGAAACACCAGCACCCGAGGUGCAAGAAGAAGUCCUGGUGACUACGGAAUUGGAACCGGAGCCCGAGGAAAUCCAGUUUACUGAUACCUCCUACUCCAGUGCUUCUUUUGAAUCCCUACCACCCCUUCCAGUUGAAGUUGAGAAAAAGGACAAGAAAAAGAAGAAGAAGAAGCUAGAUGAUAAAGAAUCAGCUCAGAUCAAGAAAUCCGCAAGCGAAAUUAACUGGUCUGAAGAGUCGUUACCAGUGAUUGAUUCAGACGAGGUGGUGAUCAAGCCUGAAGAACCAGUUGAACAGAAACCGAAAAAAGGAAAAGGAAAGAAGGGCAAGGAAAAAGAAGAAAUACCAGAGUUUGAAAAGCCAAAAGAAUGGAAGACUAUGAACAGGAAAGACCGGGAAAACUGGAUGACAGCAAGAAUAGAACAAUGGAGGGCCGAGAAGGAAGCGGAGAAGCAAGCAAUUCUGGCUGGAGCAAAGGAGAAGAGACUGGCUUACGCUCGCGAAAGAAAUGAGCAAUUGGCGCGGGACGUAAACGACCAGGAUAUACGAAGGGAUAUCUUACAGAAGACUUGCACGCUGUUCCAUAGAUACGAAAGAGAAAAAAUAGUUGAAAUGCAAAAGAAACAAGCGGAUGAAGAGUGGGAGCAGCAUCUCCGCUGUGAUGGACUCCCAGACCCUCGGGUGGUCCCUCAGAUCCAGACCUAUCUACAUCUAUGGGAACACCUCACGGUGGUUAAUGCUGAGGAGCUGGAUAAGCGAUGCAUUGAAGUUUUACCGAUGCUGGAGAUGUUAGAACAACUGGUGCAGAAAACGAAGCAAUUUACUCCGCGACAGAUUAAUAAUUACAAUGAGAUCAGGCUUGCUCUCCGUGCUCAGCUCAGCGAAACGAUCCAGUUAGCAUCAUACUUCCUGCUCCGCGACCUGGAGAAAUACCUCAAGAUGGAAAGCACAAAGCUGGCCACGUAUGAGAAAACUUUUAACGGACUAAGAUUAAACAUUUGGGUGGCUAUUAAACAACCAACCAGGAAGCGGAAACCAGUGGAGCCUGAACCUGUACCCGUACAAUUAUCAUUCCCAGCGCUGAAGGUAACCGUGACGCUGCCGAAAAUUAUCGACGGGUCUUGUGUCUGCGUACGCGCAGCGAGGUCUAUGAUAGACUUGCUGAGCGAGAGCUCACGAUCUUUCAGCACUACAGCAGUCUUACCAAAUAAGGAUGUAGACCUGUUCGAUUUCAACGAAAAAGAACUUCAGGAUAUGAUUGUCACCAAGAAGCAGCAGGAUGACAUGAGAGCCAAGUUCUUCAAGGCAAUAAGAGAGAAGACCUACGAACUUGAGCGGUUCCUUAAAGCAAAUCCAUACACUAAAAAUGAGAAGGAGAAAGAGGAAUUGGAUAAUCUGAACAUGCAGGAACCGCCGCCGGUGGAAGAACCAAGGCAAUGUCAAGUGACAAUAAAUGAAAAAGCUUUUAAAAAAUAUCUGAAAGGGUGUAGAUCAAGAACCAGAAUUGGAGAAAUUAAUUUAAGAAAAUACAGAAUAUGCGGUGGAACACUCAACCUGGAUCUGAUCACCACGCCUCCUCAACCGAAAUAUAUGAUGUACUCUGUCAUACUAACUGCAUGUGAGUAUUUCUAG